AUGAAUGCGCAAUCGUUACGAAACAAGACGACCGACUUCGUUGACUAUGUUUGUGAAAAUAAAUUUGAUCUAGUUGCUGUUACUGAGACCUGGUUACAGAAAAAGGAUGAUGCAGUGCGUGUCGAACUAUGCCCAGCGGGUUAUAAACUAGUUGAUCACCCGCGUUUAAAACGGGGAGGUGGGGGCAUUGGCCUUCUACACCGUGACUCUUUCAGAGUGACUAGAAUCAGAACUGGUGAAGAAGAGUCUCUUGAUUACUCUGAGCUUAUUAUACAGUUAUCAACCUCUUGUAAACUUAGGACUAUCAUUGUUUAUAGGUCACCACCUUCAGUAGGCCACAGGGCUUCUAUGAGCACUUUUCUGAAGGAGUUUUCUGAUAUCCUGGAAUCUGUCAUUCUAUCGAAGGAGUGUUUACUUGUCCUUGGGGAUUUUAACGUUCAUGUAGAUGACUCUAUUGAUGCUGAUGCUAUGAAGUUCCUUGAUUUGUUGGAUUCACUCGGACUUGAGCAGCACGUUACGCAACCGACUCAUAUCCAUGGUCAUACCCUGGAUCUUAUUAUCACACGCAAAAUGGAGUCACUCAUUGGGUCACCACCACGUAGCUGCCACUACUUUUCUGAUCAUGCAGCUGUUCAUAGCAGUAUUCGGAUAGAGAAGCUUGUGACCAAAGCUAAAAAAGUCACUUACAGGAAAACUAAGAAUGUGGAUCUGCAAUGCCUUAGACAAGAUUUAGCAGUGUCCGAUUUGUGCACGCAGGAACACAGCGAGCACUUAAUAACUAAUAAUGAAGGCCUUGAUAAGCUUGUCUGUAGCUACAAUACCGUUCUCAGCAGCAUAACUAAUAGUCAUGCACCCCUCACAACGAAAGUUGUAAGAUCAAGGCCACAAGUGCCCUGGUACAAUAAAGAGAUAGCUGAAGCGAAGAGAAAGAGACGUAGGGCUGAGCGAGUCUGGAGGAGAUCAGGGUCUGCUGAAGACCUAUUGGUGUUUAAACGAUUAAAAAAUCAUGUAACAUACAUCAGUAAUAAGGCGCGCAAGCAAUUUUAUGUGAACUUCAUAAACGAACAGGAUGGCGAUCAGCGCAAACUUUUUAAGGCAACUAAAGCACUGCUCUUGCCAAAAAGUGAUUUAUUCUUUCCUGACUAUCAUAAUAACACCGCUCUUGCAAAUCAUAUCGGAAGCUAUUUUCAUCAUAAGGUAAUUAAUAUUCGCGAAGAGCUUGAUGUUGCUCACGCUAGUCACGACGAGCGUGUUAGGGUGAUUGAUGAUCCUGAGUUUAAUACUGAACAUGAUCGAUUAUCUAACUUUAAGGAACUCACCCAGGAAGAUGUACACCAACUUAUUAGAGCUUCAACCAAGAAAACGUGCAUGCUUGAUCCUAUGCCCACUUCUCUGUUAACAAAUUGCCUCGAGGAAAUUCUUCCAGUUAUCACAUCUAUGAUCAAUUCUUCUCUGUCCCUUGGAUAUGUUCCAACUGAGUGGAAAGCUGCUCUGGUCGACCCACGGCUAAAGAAACCUGGCUAUAAUGUCUCUUUUCCAAAUUUACGACCAGUGUCUAACCUACAAUUUGUGGCUAAAUUGACAGAAAAAGUGGUUUGCAACCAAACUCAAGAUCAUAUAUUGCGGUCGGACUUAUAUCCGGUGCUCCAGUCAGCUUAUCGGACAGGUCACAGCACUGAAACAGCUCUUCUGAAAGUCCACAAUGACAUCUUGUUAAAUAUGAACAAUCAGAAGGUUACUCUACUUGUACUGCUUGACUUGAGCUCAGCGUUUGACAUGGUGGAUCAUCAAGUCCUUCUUCGUCGUCUUCAGGUAACGUUUGGAAUAACGGGUAAUGCGCUUGAAUGGUUUCGGUCUUAUUUAUCUGGCAGAUCACAGCGAGUAGUAAUAAAUGGAAGCCAUUCAAGGGAAUUUCCUCUGAUGUAUGGUGUCCCUCAGGGCUCCUGUUUAGGGCCACUACUGUUUAUAGUAUAUUCUAGCAAGCUAUUUGAAGUCAUAAAGAACCACCUUCCUGACGCCCAUGCUUAUGCUGACGAUACUCAGCUGUACAUCUCAUUUAAGCCUGAUUCUACUGCUAGUGAAUUAGAAGCGGUAACUUUAUUGCAAAACUGCAUAGCUGAUAUUAAGACAUGGAUGAUCGUGGACAAACUCAAGCUGAAUGAUGAUAAAACUGAAUUUAUUAUAAUUGGAACUCGUGCACAACUGAAUAAGAUAAAGAUAACGGAGUUAAGAAUUGGUCAGGUAAUGGUGUCGUCAGUAUCCGAUGCUCGAAAUCUUGGAUCCUGGUUUGAUAACAUUUUGAGUAUGAAAACGGCAAUUAAUAAGACCUGUCAAUCUGUGAUUUAUCACUUACAUAAUGUCAGGCGAAUAAAGAGAUUUUUAUGCUUUGAAGACAGAAAGACGAUUGUUCAGGCCAUGGUCAUGUCAAGAAUAGACUACUGUAAUAGCUUACUAUUCGGUGUUUCGUCCACGCAUCUUAUGAAGCUUCAACGAGUGCAGAAUACUGCAGCCCGCUUGGUGUGCUCAGUUCCAAAACAUGAACAUAUCACACCGUCGUUAAUCAGAUUACACUGGCUACCAGUUAAAUUUAGAAUAAAUUUUAAAAUUGCAAUGCUCACAUUCAAAUGUAUAAACAAAACUGCUCCCGAAUAUCUAAGCAGUUUAGUGACCAUCAAGAAGACACCUCGUUACAACCUAAGAUCAAAUACAGGAAAGUUACUACAAGAUAACACUGCUCGGUCGAAAAAGACAUUAGGAGACAGGGCAUUUUCUAAUGCCUCAGCAAUAGUAUGGAACAGUCUUCCUGUUUUUAUAAGAAGUCAGGAAAAUUUUUAGUACUUUUAAGUCACUUCUCAAAACACACUAUUUCAGGGAAGCUUUUAAUGUAUAAAUAAAUUUUAGAACUUGAGCGGUAACUGUUUUUGUAAAUAUUCUAAAUUUUAUUUAUUUAUAUUUUUAAAUCUAUAGCUAGUUUAAGUAGUUUGUAAAGCGCAUUUGAUCAUACCAAUUGCAUGUUAAUUUGCGCUAUAUAAGUAGCAAAUUAUUAUUAUUAUUAUCUUGUAAAAAUAGGUACGCUAGGCAUACAUGUAUCUGCCACAUGGGAAUUGCAUCGUUGCUAUGAAAAAAAUUCAUGCACAAUAAUUGAGUAAACAUCUAUAUUUUGAAGUGACUAUUACAUCCAGCAGCAGGCUAUUUAUUUAGUAAACUGCUGGCUAUAUAGUAGUCCCUUCACAGCCGCUCUUUGUGUGGAGGUUUCUCCACAUGAAUGGCUGCUCACUCGAGCACAACAUUCCAUUCCCUUCAGAAAAUAUCUAAUUUAGCGACAUAAAUAUCUUAACAAGUCCAAGGUCAUGUUUCUGAAAUUUAGAAGCAUUACUGUGAUUGGUUUGUUUCAGAAAAGCAUUGUCAUGUUUGAGUGAGCAAAUUGACACAAAGAGCAGCUGCGAAGGGAGACUAGCUAUAUAAGUGACAAUACUAAGUUGAAUAUUUAUAAGAUAAAUCAAUCCCAACCCCACAACCUUCUCUAACCCUAACUGCUAACCAUAAUCUUUUGAAAGUUAGAAAAGGUAGAAAAAAAGUUUAAAAAUUUUUUUAAGAAAAAAUGCUAAAACACAACCCAAACCUGGACUGCGUCCCACUUUCCACAUGCAGCGCCGUUACCGUAUACGCUAACGGCAAGCUCAGUAAAAGCUUGCGCAGAUAAAAGUUUUUAUAUAACUAUAGUCACUAUCUAGCUGAAAAUUUACUAUAUACCCGGCUGUGUUGUCACUUUGUAUGAUGUGACAAAGAAUGCUCAGAUUGCAGUCUCUUCUCAACCACAAUCAACUGUCAGAAAGCCACCAUUUUUUAUAAUGAAACAAUCCUAUAUUAAAUUCUAAGAUGUCCUGUGACUAAUAUACCAUAUAACAAAAUUUUAACAUAACAAUUCUAAAUGCUUUGACUACAAAUGUACCAUAUAACAAAAUAUUAACAUUCCAUAUGUAUAUAAUUAUGAAUUACGGUGGCCCACAAGGGUAACGUCAAUAAUAAAUCAGAUAUCAACUUUAAAUUCAUAACUUCAAAUUCAAAUUCCUCACUUCAAAUUCCUCACUCCAACCUCAAUAAUUAUCACCUUAGGCUUAAGGUGGCUCCCGACAGUUAUAGUCCAGUUUAAAACAUUUAUACAGAUCAGAUGUCAUCAUCGCAGGAAGUUGUUUUUGUAUUUUUAUCAUAGAAAUAAUAGACAUAGAAUGCAUGCUCCUAUCUUUUCAAACAUUUUCAAAAAUUAUGUCUCCACAAAAUGGCAGGAUUUAUAAGGGCAUUAUUUUGGCUAGUCCCAUACUCCUGCGGCAAGGAAUUUCGCAGUUAUGUGAGUAUCAGCCUAUGGUAUCAGCAUCCAUUAACACACAAAACAGAGAUAUGUGCUCGGAGAUUGUUUCCACUCAUCAUCAAACCUGCAUAAAUCUCCAUUGUGCGAAUUCCACAAUAUUAAUGCAUGGAUCAAUUCCUGCAGUUACCCUCCCCCCCCGGGCAAUACCCCUGGGAUUUGUAUUUUUUUGCAAGAAUGUAGUAAAUUCCCCACCCCCGGGACUUUAAAACUUGACAAUUGCCCACCCUGGGGCAUCGCUAAAAAACUAAAAAUAAGAAAUAUCAAUAAGCAGUUUAUAACACACAUUUUUAAUAUCCUUUGUAUAAACAUAUGUACAAUUUGAAAAGUGUGUUUAUAUAUACUGAUUAAAUACUUGGCAUUAUAAACUAUAGUCACUAUAACACGAUUAUAUAAACUGCCAAACAGAAAUUCAUCCUAAAGAACUAUAAAGCUUGUUAAAGUGCUGUUGAACACCUAUCAAAAGGUUUUUUUAAUAAUAGUACAGAGUAUGUACAUCAAAAUCCCACGUACAGGAAUUUAGGCACAUUCAAAGCAUUCCUAUGGAACAAUUUCCCACAUUCAUAUCGGUUUCUUUUAAUUAUACAAGCACAAUAUGUCAUUGACUGAUUGUGAAGAUAUCUUGAUAUUCAUGAAAUAUGUAAAGCAUAUUCAACGGCCCUGGAGAUUAGAAUUGUUGGCACAGAAUCUCAAUAGUUCUGUGUUUUAUACAAAUACUCAUAGUGCGCACUCCGCGCAGUCGCAAUAUUUACCCAGACCUGAAGAAGUUUAGAUUGUUGUACGUGGGAUUUUACUGUAGUAUUCUAACAUCAAUAAGUGAAUAAACGUUUAACUAAUAUCAUAAAUGUAAAGCUGAUGUCACACAAGAUGAUUCGUAAGAUUGAUUUUCUAUGCAACCAACACGUAGCUAUUAAAAUCAGUAAAACGUCCGCAAUAAACGCCAUUAACACAUGCUUAUUAACGCAAUGACUUCUUUUUGUUGGAGUUGCUUUUUUUAAGCUCUUGUUAUUUUUGCUUUUUCUACACCUCUUCGUCGAUUUUCAGCGAUUUGCUCAAAAUGUUCUAUCCAACAUGUCACAUCAUGCACAGAAAGACAGCAUUUCUUAGCCAGCUCACUAAAUUUCUCUUGACUGAUCUCGUCAGUUGGGAUGCGGGCAUCAAUAAAACUGCUGAUGAUCAUGCUAGGAGGCAAGGCACGUACUGCUUUUCUACUUCUGUGCAGAUCAAGUAGUCUGGGCAAAUCAGUGACAUAGUGUCCAGUACACUCAAUUCCGGAACAGCUUUCACAAUUUGAAAGAGAAGGACCCUUUGGUGACCAAUGAGCCUCAAUUGGCAAAGAUGGCAAUUCUUAAAGCAAAUAAAAUGUAUAUGAGUACACAACAUUGUGGGCCAGAAACAACUGCGUUGCAGCCGUGUAUUGCACUGCAAACUAGUUAAAAAAUUGUUAUGACUUUACAGUAAAAAAAUUAAAACUCACCAGGCUUUUCACAAGUCUGGCAAAUGUAAGACUCUUCUUCAUUUGCAUUUUAUUAAGUUACACCAACGCAUUUUCCAUGGUACCAUUCACCACAUUGAUCGCAGAAAAUCAUAAACCUAAAAAAUUAAUUGAAAUCAAAUGUAAAAAACGACAUUUUAAAUUUGUAUCAUGCACAACCGUGCACGGGAAACCCCCGGGACAAAAUUUUCUAACAAUUCCCCACCCCUAGGAUUAAAGUUUCUGCAUUAUCCCGGAGGUUGCCGGGGGGGGGGGGGAUGGUAACAACAAGAAUUGAUCCAUGCAUAAGUGCCUUCUAGGAAAUAGUAUUAAAACUAGCAUACAGGAAUCUCAAAAUCAUCAAAAGAAGAAAAGAUUAAGGAAUGCCCCAAUGCAAAAUUUUGAAACACACGUUAUGUUCAAUUUUCUAAUGGAUUUUUACCAAAAUCGGGGAAAUUGUUGAGAAACAAAGGAAGAAUUUGGAGAAAAUGGAAUACAAGAUUGUGAGGGAUCGUUUUCAGAGAUUUGUAAUUGUUCCAUAGUUACAUUGACAUUGUUAAUCAAACACGAAAAGAUGAAGGUUGACAACAAGUUCCGACAACAUAACUCUGUUACAGUCAGUAACUCUGUCACAAUCACGGAGAGAAAUGACUCGAAAACUUAGCAAUGUUUUUCCAUGCUUUUUACGGUCAGAACCAGGUGAUCUGAAAGUGAGCAAAAGGACUGGGACUAGAAUAGAAAUAACAGAAUAGAAAUCCAGUUUCGUACCUUUAAUCACAUGUCACGCCAUAAUUCUUUUGUAAAACUGUUUGAAACUUUGUGUCUGUAUCUUGGACAAGGAAAUGAAUAACUGGGACAAAUUUGAGAUGGAAAUCUAAUACCGUUAAUGAGAUGUUGAGUAAUUUUUAACCAGAAAUGGAUUUCUAUUUUACAACUAGUACCAGGCCUUUUCCGAGUUCCGAGAUCACCUGGAACCAUUCUCGUACCCAGAGCCCUUCUUAUGCAUGGUGCGACGAGGGGCUCUGGCCAAAUCCAUAACUGGAUACCAUAAAAACAUGGUAAUAGAAUAUAUCCGGUAAUAGAACAAUAACCUUUGUUGUAGCCAAUCAGAUGCCAGUUUGAUAUGGAUUUGGCCAGAGCCCUUCGUCGCGCUCCGUUGACCGCUCGUAAGAAGGGCUCUGGGUACGAGGAUGACCUGGAACAAUAAACUCAAUAAAAAUAAAGUAACUGUCUCUAGUAUUCCAGAUGACUUGCUUCAGUUUAUACAGGAUUGGCAUGACCACGGUUUUUGUCCUAGGUUUUUGCUUCAUUUUCGAGCAUAUCCUACAAAAAUUAAAUAAUACUUGUAAAAAUGUAUUUAAGGCUUAUCAAUAAUGUAAUUCUUUUUUACAUUACAUUUUAUAUUAUGGGAAACAAUCGACUUUUCACAUAAGAUUUUUUUAUUUAUUGCUGUAUUAUUCUUGUAUUGUAGUUUUUAUACUUACAUGUGAUACCUCUUCCACAUCUGUCACACUUAAUCCAAUUUAUUUUUUUAACAUGUUUGCUUGAAAGCGGGCUUGAUCACUCGCAUAUCUUACAUUUUUCAUUAGCUUGUUUUUUCCCUAUAUAAUAAUGUGUGUGUUACUAAUGAAUUCUCGAUUAUCCUUUAUAAUAAAGAAUGUUCUAAUUAACUAACUUUGUUUCUGGCUCGUCUGUACGUCUUCCCAAUGCUUUUUAUAUAAGAACAGAAAAAUAAAUUAUUAAUAAACCAGUUCUCUCAUAUUUGAGGGUUUGAUCAGUCAUACACGAAACAUGACUGAAUAACAGAGGCAGAGAAGGAUCUUACUUAAGUUUUGUAAAUGUUCACCAUAUGACUGAUUUGAUCCAAAUAAAUUUGAUAGCUAUUACCAGCAAGCUAUUUCUUUGAAAUUUCAAAGCCUUGACUUCUUGUGUUGGUUGCAUUCUACCGCUCAUAUAUUUUAAGUAAUGGCUUAAAUAGUAUAAAUUUAUGACUAAACUUAUGAUGUUAUUCGACGGCUCUACCGCCUAAAGAGCAAUAAAUAUGAUUCUUGUAAAGAUGGGCUCCAGGCUGUCAAAAGACUGGAUGAACUACAAGAAUUUGAGCGACAUCCUAGCAAGUACAGGCAAUGUGACAGAACUUAUUGGGAAAAUGGGAUAAUGGAGGAACGACAAAAACGACCACGUCUUAGUGUGACCCCACUGGAAGGUGAUGCAGAUGAAAUAAAUAUUGAUAAAUUAAAUCAUGCAGAACUUAAAGCUAAAUUAAAGCAGAUGAAUGUGAAAACACGAAUUAAGAAUGUAGACAGACUCAGUUGUUGA